CGAAGGAGAAGCGGCGCGAUGUCGCAACGCCCCACGGUCCGCGAAAGCCUCCGCGUGACGUCACCUCGCCUUUGGCGUCUGAGCUGUUGCUAAAUGGCGAUCGCUUCAGGUCCGCUCAGCUCCGCCAGCGGAGCGCAAGCCAACCUCCGCCGGCUUUGAUUCAUUCCGAACACCGUCUCGAUUCCGAUGCGACGAAUACGAACCGUUAUAGCCAAAUAAAAUGGAGGAUAGUUUUGAUUGCGACUGUGGCGAGCUAGAGCCACCUGAUCACUGAGGCUCACGGUUAACUCUCUGAUCUUAAAGGCCAGGCUCUUUGCAGUUUUUGAUUAGGUUACGCCAUCGAGAAAAAAAUUCCAAGUUAAAAGAAAAAUUGCAAAAAAAAAAAAAAAAAAAUCAAGCAAAAAAAAAAAAAGUGCAUACUGGCACAUUUCCCAUGAAGCUGCUCAGGACCAGUUGUACACUGAAUGUAUACCACUGUUAGGAUGCAAUUAGACGCUUUCAGAGCCUAACAGUGCAUUUUGAAUUGGCCUCACCGUUCAUUCCUAUUGUGAGCUGCUCCGUUAAACAGAGCCACCCACCAGGAGUGGAGCUGACGUUAUAAAAUUGUCCUCAGUCGAGAUGAAAAACUUAAAUUACACGCUAGCCUAGCAAUCACGGCUGUACAGGGGAGGCGGUGGAGGUCAGAGUUAGCCGAGCGGUGCGUUGGUAGGUGUUAGCUGAGCAGCUGAAGCGGUUUUGUAGGGGCGGGUCAUCUGUUAGUGUUCGGCUGGCUUAAAUCUAACAUUAGCGAGGGUUGGCGCAAGAGCCUCAGUUGUCAUCAUGGCCGAGAAGUUUGAGUCGCUGAUGAACAUCCACGGCUUCGACCUGGGCUCGCGCUACAUGGACUUGAAGCCGCUCGGCUACGGAGGGAACGGCCUGGUGUUCUCAGCGGUCGACACUGACUGCGACAAGCGCGUGGCCGUGAAGAAGAUUAUCUUGACGGAUCCCCAGAGUGUCAAGCACGCCUUGCGAGAAAUUAAGAUUAUAAGGCGCCUAGACCACGACAACAUAGUCAAGGUUUUCGAAACGUUGGGCCCCAGCGGUCGCAGGCUAACAGAGGACGUGGUGUCCCUGACCGAGGUCAACUCGGUAUACAUAGUGCAGGAGUACAUGGAGACGGACCUGUGUCAGCUGCUGGAGCGCGGCCUUCUGUCCGAGGGCCACGCCCGGCUCUUCAUGUACCAGCUCCUCAGGGGCCUCAAGUACAUCCACUCUGCCAACGUCCUCCACCGUGACCUGAAGCCCGCCAACCUCUUUGUCAACACAGAGGACCUGGUGCUGAAGAUCGGGGACUUUGGUCUGGCCCGCAUCAUGGAUCCCCACUACUCCCACAAGGGUCACCUGUCUGAAGGUCUCGUCACUAAGUGGUACAGGUCCCCCCGCCUGCUGCUCUCACCAAACAACUACACGAAAGCCAUCGACAUGUGGGCAGCCGGGUGCAUCUUUGCAGAGAUGCUCACUGGGAAAACACUCUUUGCGGGGGCCCACGAACUGGAGCAGAUGCAGCUGAUCCUGGAAUCCAUCCCAGUACUGCGAGAGGAAGACCGCCAGGAGCUCCACAGCGUCAUACCAGUCUUUAUCCGCAACGACAUGUCCAAACCUCAAACGCCGCUGACCAAGCUGCUGCCUGAUGUCAGUCCUCAAGCCCUGGAUUUCCUAGAAAAGAUCUUGACCUUCAACCCCAUGGAUCGUUUAACCGCGGAAGAGGCCCUGGCCCAUCCCUACAUGUCGGACUACUCCUUUCCCCUGGACGAGCCCAUUUCCCUGCAUCCUUUCCACAUCGAAGAUGAAGUCGACGAUAUCCUGCUCAUGGACCAGAGCCACAGCCACACGUGGGACAGGUAUCAUGAGAGCCAGUUGUCGGAGGCUGACUGGCACUUGCACAGCAUUCAUGACCCCGAAGAAGUCCAAGUGGACCCAAGGGCCCUCUCUGACGUCACAGACGAGGAAGUGGUUCAGGUGGAUCCUCGCAAAUACGCCGACGGAGACCGGGAAAAGCUUUUGGACGAGCCCUCCUUCGACUACUCCACUCCAUUCUCGUCAGAGCGGUCGUGGCCGGACGAGCAUCACGAGAACAAAUACUGCGACCUUCAGUGCAGCCACACGUGCAAUUACAAGGCCGUGUCCCCCUCCUACCUGGACAACCUCAUCUGGCGGGACAGCGAAGUCAACCACUACUACGAGCCCAAGCUCAUCAUCGACCUCUCCAACUGGAAGGAGCAACAGAGCAAGGAGAAGGCGGACCGCAAGGCCAAGAGCAAGUGCGAGAAGAACGGGCUGGUCAAGGCCCAGAUUGCCAUGCGGGAGGCCGAGAAAACCCAAAGCGUGGCAGAGAAGGACCGAGAGCAGGAGAAACACCAGACGCAACCUCCAAGUCAGCAAGGCUUCGACUUUGACUCCUUCAUCGCCAGUACCAUCAAACUGAGUUUGCAACCCGAGACCUGCCAGGAGGUGGCACUCAAUGAGGUGAGCCUCCUCAACGAGCUCAACUCGUCUGUCUCCCAGCUGGACGCCCCUCGCUCAGGGUCCAUGUCCAAGUCCAUAAGUCAGGAGAAGGAGGAGAAGUGCCUGGUGAACCUGGCCCAGCUGGGCGGAGGCGGCAGCGACGGCCCCUGGCCCUCCCACCCCUGGGAGGGCUUCGGCCCCGGGGAGCGGGCGGCCGAGAACGGCCGCUUGAUCGACGAGGCGUGCUGGGACGGUCACUUCCAGAAGGGGAGCACGUACACCAGCUACCUUGACCACCUGUUCGGCCGGACAGAGGAGGGGGUGGCCGAGUCCGCCGCCACCCCGGAAACGGAGACCCCGGAGGCCAGGGAGAGAGAGUCGGGUGAGGGCCUCCUCACCCGGAGCGCCGAGAUCGUGCUCAACGUGGAGCUGGACUCUCUGGGCCCAGAUGAACUGCCGCUGAAAUCCAUCCAGGCGUCGCUCACCCCCUGCGCUGUCAAAUGUUCCCCGCAGAUCGCCCACAAAACCUACAGCAGCAUCUUCAAACAUCUUAAUUAAAAAAGAAAAAAGCAACGUCCUCUCUUCCACGGCCCGUUUAGUUUGUUCUGUUUUUUUGUCUAUGAUGUGUUCUACUUGAAUCAUUUCAUACCUUUUUUUUUUUUUUUAAAUGUUAUUUUAAAAGUCAAUUUUAAGAGUGGAAAUGGGUGAUUUUCUUAAUUUAAGGAGUUUUGGUCACUCUGAAACCUUGACGCCCAGGCCUUCAUGGGUUUAAGUCUACGCCCUCAUUGCUGAGCUGGCUUGUCACUCGCACACUUACGUACUGUAGAUGAACGGAAACGAGGCAGGUCGGACGAGGAUCUUUUAUUUGGCUGUUUAGGUAUGACGAGAUUUUUUUUUUUUUUUUUUUUUGGUUUCAUUUUGAAGACGUAAACGAAAGCUUCCUUUACAGCCCUUUCAUACUGUAAAUGUGACACAUGAUGCCAGCAGCAACCAUUAAUCGUAGGCGUUAAUGUAAUGUGUUAUCUACCUCAAGGUAACAGCCGCGAGAGACACUCGAAGCCGCACUAGUGCUUUACACACCAAGACCAUCCUCAUACCAUGAAGUGAUGAAGUGGUCUCAGUUGAAAUCUCUCACGUUCGCGUUUGACAUGGUGAGUUGUUUUUCAGUGAUCAUUAUUUAUUGCUAGCGGAUGCGCAAUAUUUAUUUUAUGGAAAAAAAUUGUGUCAUUUCAAUGUGAUUAUUGAAGAGCGAGGGGUUGAGCAGACCAUUUUCAUUUCAACACUAUUUGGGCGUCCAAGUGUUCCUUUUUUUUUUUUUUUUUUUUUUUUUGUUUUAUGGUAGGAUGCAAAUUCAUCUGUGUUCAGGCUUUCCAUUUUUCCAUCACUAUUUUCCAAAUUGAUAUUUUUUAUUUAGAGGUGCAUCCUGUUCGUAGUUGAAAAACAGUUGUGGAUUAAAGCAGCGCCUAAAAGUCUUAAUUAUUAUUAUUUUUUUUUAAAAUCAAAAUGUAUCAAAAUGUGUGCAUGGAGGCAAGAGAAAGGUACAUUUAAAGUAAAUGGUGAGUAUAUUGUACGUCAGUUUUAAUUGUAUGUCUUUUUUUUUAUUUCUAUGUAUUUUUUUCAGGCAAGCAUGCUGAAUUAGGUUAAGGUGUAGCAUGUAGAACACAUGAACAUUUUUGUAAUCAUCGGUUCCUCUGUUCUACAAAAUAUCAAAAAUAAACUUAAAGGCAAACA